CUGUGAGGUGGCUGCUGUGGCUGGUAUCCCCACUUCUCGUAGGAGGAAACUGAGGCACAGAGGCACAGAGAAGGGGUGUGAAUUGCACACAGUACAGCCAGGCCUGGCAUCCAGACAACUUACCACUGCACACCUACGCUCUAAUCAGCUCGCUGUGAGGGCUGAGUGAGGCCUGGCCUGGCUCCCUGAGCAUGGCUGACCCAUAGGAGGUGGAGGUCCGCAGGGGAAAGACAGAUGGAGAAUGAUGGCUCCCUAACCACAGUCGUUCCAAUUCUCAUCCAAGCCUCAGCAUUUCCAUGUCCUAUUACCAAAGUCAACUUGAUAGGAGCCUUUACACCCCACUGUCCUGACAGGAGGUGACUGAAGUGACAGGUUCAGAGGACACAAGAUAGGGCUGCUCAUUUCUGCAGGGCCCAGGGGCCACAUGCCUACCUGUUCUCUGCCCAUAUGAGGUGCCCUCCUGAGAUCCCCGCUCAGUGUGACACCUCCACACAGCGGGAACACUGAGGUAGACAGGUGCGUGGGUGCCCAGUUUACUUCCUGUGGCCCUUAGCAGACUGAGGCCCAUUUUGACUUUGGCCUCAUGUCUAGGGAAGUUAAUGGUCUUUUUACUGGGAAAAAAAAGACGAAGUUACAACUUGGAACGGGCAUAUAUUGUAAAUUCUUGCACAGCGCUGUGGAAUUCCACAGCUUCAGCCUCCCUUCCCACCCGAGUCCAGAGAGGCUCCCUGAUAAAGGUUUCUUUUUAAAAACGUGUGAAUGGUAACAGCCUGAUUUCACCCUAGCACAGUGCAGACGUGCCCUCAGGGCAUAUCAUUGUCACAGAGCUGUGGGGACUUGGCUUCAACCUGGGUCCCUUUGAGAAGCCACAGGGAAGAGAUGCAGCCUGUCUGUGGCCCUGAGGGGUUGGGAUACCUGUGUCCCCUUGGCAGCCAGAGGUGGGUGAGGGGCCGCAGGAGACCUGGGUAGGUCUAGUAGGAGUUGGGCCUUUGUGGAUUCAAGCUGUGGAAUCUGAGUCAGGGGCCAUCACAACCAAGACCUCACAGCCAUCUGCCAUACAGAGUGAGCACAGACAUGAUCUCCCUACUCCCCCACCUUCCAGCAGGACCUAUCUUCCCCAGGAACCUCACAAGUUCCUACAAGGAGGGCAGACUUGGAGGUAUGGAGAGGAGUCAUGCAGGACCCAGCUCCCCAAGACCCUUCAAGGGCAGGUCCUCCGAGCCAGGCCUCCUGGUACCCUGUGGGCCCUUGAGCCAUAGUCCGCCCUUCCUGGACUCAUCCUCUCUGCUCUGCUCUGGUCGACACCCUCACCUUUCCGCAGGCUGUCUUCCAUGGGGCAGCCUUGAACAUGUCACAUCCACCUCAGUCUGCACAGCUGUGUAAUGCAGACACCCUCACCCUGCUGAGGACUUUUCUGGGGACCCAUAGGAUUCAGGAACAAAAACAUCUGUCAAACUGCAAGUGGGUACCCAGAAUCACAUGCAACCUUUUCUGCACUUGGGACACACAUGGGAGCCCAGUUUCCACCCUGAGCCCUCCAGACCACUCAUGCUGGGCCUGAUGCCCUUUCCUGUCUACUGACCAGCCGCCUCCUGUUUUCCUUGAGCUCCUCUUGGGUAAGGCCCUGGUUCUCUGUUCUUCCACCAAUCCACCCCUCCCAAUAUCCAGGACUGGUCAGUGGCCUCCACCCUGUUCCUGUGGGAACAGCAACCAUAAGCACCUUCCUUCACCCAUGUCUUGAGCACCCAACUUCCCCCUAAGUUACUUUCCCCCAAACCUCUGUGGUAUGUUGGGCCCUGUACUGCCAGACUGGCUGUUCUUAACCCUGAACAAGCUGUGAGUGUAAGUGUCCCUGGGCUUUCUGGGUCAAGAUGGUGAACUGAAUACAUGCUUCUCACUUGGUUCAGAAGCCCACUGAAACCAGAGUUUAAAACACAUCCUGUGGGUUGAUGAGGAGAAUGGUGAAAGAGGAGGCAGUUACAAUGGUAUUUUGAACCCAGGUGGGGAUGCAAGAGCUGUUACUGACUUAUGGCAAUUCAGAUAAUGAGUUGCUACUGGACGAAGUAGACGGAAGUACCACCAGCCUUAUGCUGCAGAACUUCAGAAAGCUUGAAAAUCAGCCACCUCCCGGGAGGGGAGACCUAAAAUAUGACGGGUGGGAGAAUACUGGAGAAAGCUGUAAGAGCUUCAGCUCUAUCUACAUGGUGGAUGGUGGGAGAGUCAUUUCUGGGGAACCCACACAGUCCAGAGAAAAGACCUAAGCCCCCACAAAACAGCCCAAUCCCAUGACACACUCCUGGGAAGACUUGACAGGCCCUAGGCUGAGAGCUUCCAAUCAUGGCAAGCUGGCUUGCUCUUGGCAAGCUGGCAGUCAGGGAUUCCUAGGUAUCAGAAAGAACCAUGACAAACAGUUGCAAUUUAUGAUUGAAUAUACAAGUCACAGUUCAGCCACCUUUGCUUCCACCUGAUGUAUGGAAGCAAAACUGGCCCAGUCCCAGUCAGAUUUUGAUAACAUUGCCUGUUGAGAUAAACUAAAAGGUCACCUUACUGGUUCUGGCUACCCAAUUAAGUAAAAGGUUCAGCAUGUCCCAAAAGCCUGGACAAAAACUUCCAUCCUUCACUUUGCAGUACAAUACUGAUAUCUGAAGAUAUGUCAGACUAGGUAUAAAUCAUGGGACAGUUUUCUCAUCAGUAAAUGGGUGCCCACUAGGGGCAGGGCCCUCAGCGGAGAUCGAAUGAAGGACUCCAGCAUCCUCCCUGGAGAAGGCCCAUGGAUCCGGCCGGCCUUCCCAGGUGAACCCCGCUUCUUCCUGGGACCACCCGGAGGUGAGUUUCUGCCGAACUAUUAAUAGUAUAUUACCCAGGCCGUCACUUCUGGCCUCCCGGGAGGGCAGGGCGACGCUCCUGCCGUUGCCUUUGAAACGUAUGCAGGCGGGGACAUACUUUAGCGGUUACCAAGGGGACAGAUGAGCGACCAAAAUGGAGCCUCAGGAAGAGCGCUGGAGGAGGAGCCUGGACGGAGUGCAAGCUCUGAUUGGUCAACACAUCAUGCUCCUCACCUCGCUUACCAAUAGGAACCAGGUGCGUUGUGCACAUGCGCAGGAUUCUAACGAACCGUCCAGCUCGGCAGUUGGUCUCUCAGGCACCAAGAAGUCUUCCAGCACAGCAAUGCUAUCCUCACUGGGCCCCCCAUGCCUGCCCUCCGUGGACCCCACAGCCACCCUGGAGGAGAUCGAUGCAGCUCGCCUGCGCUUCCGGGGGUUCUGCUACCAGGAGGCAGCAGGUCCCCGCGAGGCCCUGGCCCAGCUGCGCGAGCUGUGCCGCCAGUGGCUGCAGCCCGAGGUGCACACCAAGGAGCAGAUGCUGGAGCUGCUGGUGCUGGAGCAGUUCCUGGGCGCGCUGCCCCCGGAGAUCCAAGCCUGGGUGCGGGGGCAGUGGCCAGGCAGCCCUGAGGAGGCUGCAGCCCUGGUCGAGGGGCUGCAGCAUGACCCUGGGCAGCUGCUGAGCUGGAUCACAGCCCAUGUCCUGAAGCAAGCAGUGCUCGCUGUAGCACAGAAGACAGAGGAGUCCUUGGGGAGCCCCCACCCUUCAAGGAUAGUGAAGCCCCUCAGGGCAGCCUCUGGGGAGGGACCACAGGAUGCCCAGAUCGAGGGGUCUGCCCAGCUCAGUUGCAGCGUGAAAGAGGAGCCUGAUGCUGAUGGGCAGGAGAUGGCACCCUCCAGUCCCCCAAAUCAAGCCCAGUCCCGCGAGGGGCCCCUUGGACACCGGGCACCAGACUCCGAGUCCUUCCACCCACCCAGGAUUCAGGAGGAGUGGGGGCUACUGGAUCCCUCGCAGAAGGAGCUGUACUGGGACGUGAUGCUGGAGAAGUACGGCACGGUGGUCUCCCUGGGUUUACCGCCCCCCAGGCCGGAUGCGCUGGCGGAGUCGGAGCCCCUGGCGCCGAAGGCAGGGACAGACAGCAAAGGAAGCCUCUGCCUGGGAGGCGAUAGCGAGAGCCACCGCGAGGGUCCGCCCAACUGCCCAGAGGCACCGCUGCCCUGGGAGGGCCCGUCUGAGACCGCAGCGUCCACCACACCUCCACGGGCGCUGAGCCCUGCGCUGAGCAAGCCCUACACGUGCGACCAGUGUGGCCGCGGCUUCGACUGGAAGUCGGUGUUCGUCAUGCACCACCGGACACACGCGGGUGGGCAGGGUGCACAGGCCCUGGCGCUGGCCGUUGGAGACACUGAGAAACCUCCACAGGGCCCCCAGGAGCCAAGUUUGUCUCGCCACCAUCGGCACACGACCCCGGGGCCCCAAGGCUACGUGUGCGAGGAGUGCGGGUGCAGCUUCAGCUGGAAGUCGCAGCUCGUCAUCCACCGCAAGAGCCAUACUGGCCAGCGGCGCCACUUCUGCAGUGACUGUGGCCACGGCUUCGACUGGAAGUCCCAGCUAGUCAUUCACAGGAAGAGCCACAGGCCGGAGGCCCCAUGAGUGGCUAGAGAAGGCAGCCUCGCCUUGGGGUCCUUGGAGUCCUUGGAUGCAGCCCCUGGGCCUGGGCCUGGGCCUGGGUCUGGGAGAGGCAGCAGAGGUCACCAGAGUAAAUUCGGAGGGUCCCUUGCCCCUGGCUGUCUACCCCCAAGGGCCACCUGGGUACAGGGAAAGAAGCUGCGCCUUACCCUCUUGCCUGCUUUCUGGAGUGAGGCCUGGGUUCGAAUUCACCACUGAGCAAGCUUGGAUACCCCUGCCGGUGACAUGAUGCAGGCUGACGACUCUCCCUACCACUGGGACCUCACUGGCCGCAGGUAGAUUCUCAAAAACUUCCCCUUCCCACCCCUCCUGAAGCAGUGGGGUCCUCAGUCUCCGUUUGGAAGGUGCACAAGAGCAUGGCCUGCUUCUAUUUGCAGGCAGAUGGAAAACUAAUGCCCUUCCAUGUGUGUUGUAGAUUUUUAACAAAUUCCACAUCUAUAAUAGGGAAGUCUCUGCAUAAGAAUCCUGAUUCCUGGUUUCUGCUGGUUAGAAGGUCAGCAAUGCUGCUCCACCUGCCUGGCAGCCUGAGCCACAGAGCACCUACCCAUGAGAAGGUCCACUGGCCCUGGCCCCUGGCCUACCUUGUUUCUGAGCUGCCCACACCACUCCCCCGGCCUCCUGUCCUUUGAGUUCUCACAUCCCAAAUUGAGUGGACACUAAGGGAAGUUCCUUUUCAAAUAUGGGUGGACAAGGGUGUUCUCCAAGAAAAAGGGCUACAAACAGAUGUCACUUAGUCCAUGUCCACAUGCAGAUCAGGGCUGCAUCCCCACAGCCCACACUUUUGGUCAGUUGGUCACAAAACAGGAGAACAAAGGCUCAGCUGCCUAGUGUCCACAGAGGUCCGUCUGGAUUCCUGCACAGUCAUUUGGGAUUUUAGUCAACGUACUGUACUACUUUCCUGUUGUUGUUCUAACAACUUGGUGGCUUGAGACAGCACAAAUGUAUUCUCUUAUGGCUCUGAAAUGAGUCUCACUGGGCUAAAAUCAAGGUGUCACGGGUAGGUUCCUGGAGGUUCUAGGGGAGGAUCUGUUCUAUUGACUUUCCCAGCUUCUAAGAGAAUGCUGCAUUCUUUGGUUUCCUGCCCCUCCCGCCAUCUGCAAAGUCAGCAGUGGUGGUGAAGGCUUUGUUAUGCUGCCAUCUCUCUGGCUCUCAUACUUCUGCUUCCUCCUUAUAAGGACCCUUGGAGUGGCAUUUAUGGCUCACCUAGCAAUUCAUGAUAAUCUCCCUAUCUCAGGAUCCUUAAUCACAUUUUGUCCGUUCCUGACCUGCACAUCUGACUGAUCUGCAAAAUUGCUUUUCCGAGUGAGAGAACGUAUUCACAGGUUCCAGUGAUCAGGACCUGGAUGUCUUUGGGGGCCGUUAUUCAGCACCCUGCUCUGAAAAUAAGGGGCAUUUUUGUGGGGGAUGGUUUUAGGAAACAGGUACACUCAAGAAGUCCUCUGCAGCCUGGGACACAUGCCGGCGUGGCAGGUGGGUGGUGAGGGUAGCUGCUACCAUGGCUACCCAGGUAAGGUGGGGGCUAUCUGGGGGAAUCACUUGGGCUGGGGGUGAGCUGCAGCCUGAAGCUAGGAGGGGGAAGUCUCUAUUUGGGGGGGGGGGAGUGUUACCUCUUCCAUCCACCAUCUUCUGAGGACUUGUUGACCUGUUGCUCUCACACUGGGGCCUGGGGAAGCACUGACAGGCUGGAGAUGGAGCUGGGGGCGUGAUCUGAUGGGUGAGCAGGAGGCUCACACUGGGGACAUGGAAGAAGAGGAUGAUGGAUCCCCUCGUCCCUGAUGGUCCCAGGUGUCCCUGGAGAACCCCAGUGUCUCUGGUGGAUCAAAUCGUCCCUAGUGGACCUUAGAGGAUCCCAGUGUCCCUUGAAUCUGGUGGCCCUGGGUGACCACUAGUCCCUGGUGGAUCCCCUUGUCCCUGGUAGAUUCUGGCAGCACUUCUGGACCGUGAGGCCGCUCUCUACACAUCCCAGAGGACUAGACAUCCACUGGCCUCUGCCUACAUCUUCCACAAUGCUCUGGGUGGCACCUCCAGAUCCUGUGGAGGCCCAGUCUAAAUCACAGCAGCCUCACCAUCUGCUGGCCUCUACCUACAGCUCCCACAAUGCCCUGAGCCGCACUUACAGACCCUGAUGGCCCUCCUGCAUAGUCACUGAAGGCACAGUCAACGUUACAGAGGAUUCUCCAUCCACUGUCCUCUUCCUACAGCUCCCACAAUGUUGCAUGUGGCACCUACAGACUGACGGCAUACCUCUACAUGUCACUGGUGGUGGAGUCUACAUGUUCACAGAGGCUUUGCCGUCCGCUGGCCACUGCCUACAGUUCCCACAGUGCUGCAGGUUGUACUUCUGGCCCAUGAUGGAGGGCCAGUGUAUAGAGCAUAUAAAAUACAUAUAUAGAUUGAGGUUUGCAAAACAAGUUAUUAGUAGGGACAGGACUAUAGCCACAUAUGUGUGAAACUGAUGAGUGAAGUAAAAAACAUGUUUUUGUGUGAAACUGAGCAUAACAAAACUGAGUGAUAAACACGUUCACCAAAACAACUUCUGGUUCUCACCUAAGAGGUAAACAAGUCCAGGAAAAGAGAAUAAAAGCAGACCUCCAGAGCAAUGCCAUGAGCAGUCUGACUGGGCGCUCAUCUAAGACCCUCUGUGAGGCUCUGAGGAAGACAUUCCAAAUGACCCUCCAGGACAUUCGUCUGGGCGAUCCCACAGAGUCCUCUGCGAGGUGCAAGCUACAAUACUCCAGCAUCCUCCAAAGUCCUUCCUUGCAAGACCAGCUCGCCUCAGACCCGUCCUGGGCCCAGUCGUCUCUCCCAGACCAGGGACCUUCUCCACCUCGAUUGACUCUGGACUUGGGUUCGUUAUUAAAUUCUAUUUUAUCUUGCAUAACCUGUGCUUGCCAGAUCAUUGGCCUCUGGAGGGACAUUGGUUCCCAAAUAAAGCUGUGUUAUUCACUCUA